AUGUCGAAUCCCCAAAACCUCAUCAGCCUCGCCGAGCAACUCGCCAACGCCGGCCGCGAACUCCAAGAGCUCGGCGGCAAGUUUCUCACCAUCGCGUCGACGCUCGAGCAGGAAGCUGCGAAUAUCGCCGAAGAAAGGGCAAAGGCGGCGCGGCUCGCAGCUCGGGCCCACGCGGACGUCGAUGUGAAUGUUCAUGUCGGUGUUAGGACUGGGGGAAUUCGGACGCGCCACCCAUGUUGUGGCGCGUGUAUCAGUGAAGGGAAGGAGGGGCCGGGGAAUACGACUGUUGUUGUGAAUAAAGCGGGCUCUGCAGUUGGGAGUAAAGUUGGUUCGGCGGUGGGGAGCAAAUGGGGCGCUCCUGGUGGAGACAUCGCGAUCGUAUUCAAGCAAGAGCAACGUGUUUCUGAGCUGUCGCCACCCUACACUCGAGGAGGGGCCUUCUCCUCAAUACCACAACAUCUACUAAGCGCGAAACGGAAACAGCGAGAACGCCAGAAGCAUUCGCAAAUCCACAAGCUUACCCAAUACGAGUAUCCCGACUAUCAAGCUACGACAACGCGCGACAAAGCUAUGGAGCAGCACGAAAAGGUCAUAAAACAACAAGAAGCAGCCGCAAAAAUGCGUGCAGCCGCCGCAAAGCAAGAGGAAGCAGCUGCAAAAAUGCGGGCAACAGCCGCGAAGCAGCGGGCAGCGGCAGAAAAGCAACGACAAGCGGCCGCAAAGCAGAGAGAACAAGCUAUGAAAAUACGCGACGAAGCUAUGAAGACGGCGGAACGAGUAGAGACCGGACCUAGCGGAACAACACAACGGCGUCCUGGAGUCAUAGUGCAGGUUCAUCAAGGCUUAGGGCAACUCCAGCGGGGCAUGGAGCAGUUCGGCCGGGAGAUGCCGCAGUUCCAUCGCGAGAUGCAGCAACUCGAGCGAGAGAUGUCUCAGCUAGCGCGAGAAAUGCAGCAAUUUGAGAGAGAGAUGUCUCAGCUUGCCCGGGAAAUGCAGGAACUUGAUCAAGAGUUUGCAAGGUAUAAUCGAGGGCUUUGA